UUCAGACUACACGGAACAAAGCCCCGAAGCAUCGGUGGCUUACCGUAAUAGAUUAACCAAAGCUUCCAAAUUUUAUCGCAAAUAUAAUAAUUCGUCUGAAAAAUCUGACAGAAGUUAAAAUAAUUGUGAGUAUCCAAUUUUCUUGUUUGUAAUCCAUGGUUGAAUCCUUCCACGUGGUACUUUCGGAAACGAAUCGGUUCAAAGCUUAUAAAUCAUAGAUAAAGCUCAAGCUAAUAGAGUUGAGUGAAACCGAAUAAUAUCAAACCGUUGCUUGAAUUUCAAACACAAUAAAUCAAAAAUAAAACAUUCGAGUAUACCGGCGUUUAAGUAGAACGCGAGAAGACGAUGUUGUCGUGCUGCCUGAAAGAAGACCUUGUCCUGCUAAUAUUCGUGGCAAUUUUCUUUUCUUUAAGCUGUGCUUCAGCGGUGAAAAAUAAUCAACCUGAAGUGACAAUUUGUCAAGGAAUCCUGCGAGGAAAAAUACUGACGACGUACAGUAAUCGAAGUGUGUCAGCUUUCUUGGGAAUUCCUUACGCGCAACCACCGAUUGGAAAUCUCCGAUUCGCAAAUCCAGUGGCAGCUGAUGGUUGGAAAGGAACUCGAAACGCUACUGUAGAUUCGAACGAAUGCCCUCAGAUCUCAUUGUUGAGCAAGAAAAUAAACGGGGACGAGGAUUGCUUGUAUCUGAAUGUAUACACGCCACAGCUUCCCAAAAAUUCAAUCUCGCGACUACUUCCGGUGAUGGUGUUCUUUCACGGUGGAGAAUUCAUCAUUGGAAGCGAUACUUCAUCGGUUUAUGGCCCAGAAUUCCUCCUCGACAAAGAUGUGAUUCUCGUAACCUUGAACUAUCGUCUAGGACCAUUAGGAUAUUUGAGCACCGGCGACAAGGUAGCUUCCGGAAAUUGGGGCUUGAAGGACCAGAUCCUAGCCCUGAAAUGGGUUCAAAGUAAUGUCAAGUACUUCGGAGGCGAUCCUGAUCAGGUCACGCUGUUCGGGCAAAGUACAGGCGCGGGUUCGGUUCAUCUUCUGACAAUGAUGGAUAUCACGAUUGGGCUCUUUCACAGAUACAUAACGGAAAGUGGAUCCGCACUUGCGGCAUGGGCUUAUAGACUAAGCGGCCCAUAUGCUAGCCAAGCAUUUGACCUUGGUAAAUAUGUUGGCUGUUUCAAUACAUCAACGGAUCCCCUGAUUGAAUGCUUGCGGACAGUCGAUGUUUCGAAUAUUUUAGGUUCUUACCCGAAAUUCUAUGAUUGGCGAUCAUUUCCGUUAAUCGUGUGGGGCCCAACUGAUGAACCAAAUAUCGAUGGUGCCAUUCUCACUGACAGUCCCCAAAAUUUGAUUCGCAAUGGUCGGGUUCGAGAUUUGCCUUGGGUUUCAGGUGUUUGUCGAGAUGACGGAUUAGCUAUGUCUAUACCUUUUUAUGAAAAUGAGACACUGGUUGAUUACUUUCUGGAAAACUUCGACAGCAUCUUACCUAUUUUUUUAAACUGGAAGUAUUUACCGGGUUCGGGAACCGCUUGGGUUGAAGACGUCAAGUCGUACUACUUCAAAAAUUUUGAAGCCGACAAAAACGUGAUACUGGCAAACCUAACAGUCCUUGUGAGUGACGUUUAUUUCAACUACCCGGCUUACGACGCACUGCGACAGCAGUUUGCAACGGCUGUGAAUCCGCAAUAUUUUUACACAUUCGAUUACCGUGGUGCAUUAAGCUUGUCGUACGCGUAUGGCGGUACUAAGUUUUAUUGCGGCGUGCCACAUGGUGAGGAACUACUAUACCUAUUCCCAAAUUACAACGAAACUCGAAGGAAGAAAGAUUAUGAAAUGGUGAACGUUAUGGUGGAAUUGUGGACGUCUUUCGCUACCCAUGGAACACCCACGAGUCCGACUUUUGGUAACAACACGAAAUGGGAACCAUUUUCAAUCACGAAUGCCAACAAUCUUCACAUCGGAAAUAAAUCCAAUCUCGGACUCACCGUUGAAUAUCCCUAUUUCAAAGAACGUCUACAGUUUUGGGAUGAGCUGAAAGCUAAGGUGCCGUUGUAAUCAGUGCGUUGCAUUUCUUCGGUCGCGCACUUGAUCAUAAAAAUUCUGGAAUGCACAUCCAGUACUUUACUUCACAUUGGCAAUUUUUUUGCAUUUUAUUGUAAUCCUUAUGGGAUGUUGAUCACUUCAGUGCAAUUCAGGCUAAGGGUACAUAUUAUUAUCAUCUUUGUUGAAUGAAAAACGUGACGAUUGAAGUAACGAAUGAAUAAUAAAUUG